AAAUAACGAAGUAAAAAUAAAACAGCUCUUCUCCUCGUUCCUAUGAAGCAAAAUAAUCGAAAUGUCUGCUGUACCAAAAAGACCUCAAAUGAAAAUAAAUGGAUUUAAAAAGAAUUACAAGUUUUGGAGCUACUUACAAGCUUCCCUCAAUCGUGAAAACCCCAAUCUUGAUUAUUUCCACUUCGCUGAUGCGUACCAAGGAACAAGACAAGCUACAAACAAUCACUUCAGGGAUCUUCUCAUAAAAUUGUCAAGCAAACAAAGCAACAAGCUCAUGAAGAUAGCUCAGGACUCAAUGAAGCUAUUUGAUUCGCGAGAAGAUGAUUGUAACUUUGGACAUGCUUAUCAAGCGUAUUGGGAAAGAAGAAGUGUUGAUAGUUUGAGACAAAAAAUGGAGAGAGAAAAUAGAAAGACAAUUAUGAAGCUCAACAAACUAUCCAACAAAAGGAUCAGGGCUCUUGCUGAGGACGUUUCUCAUCCAAGCGAAGACGAAAUGGAUGUAAAUUACGAAGGUGAAGGCUACUUGAAUGCAGAUGAUCAAGGUGAAAGCCACUUAAAUGCUGUUGAUAAAGGUGAAGGCUACUUGAAUGUUGAUGAUCAAGGUGAAGGCUACUUGAAUGCGGAUGAUCAAGGUGAAAGUCACUCAAAUGCUGAUAAUCAAGAUGAAAUUCACUCGAAUGCUGAUAAUCAAGGUGAAAGCCUGUUGAAUGCAGAUGAUGACUAUAAAGAAAAAAUUAGUAAUGCUCUAAAGCAGAUGUCUGCCUUACCUUCUGACGAAGUGGGCCAUAUAAAAAUCAUAGAUUUAUCAUCCGAAUCAGCUUUACGCAUCUUAAAAUCUGAAAUAUCAGAGGAUGAGUUCAACCAUAUCACUAAUGUAACCCAUAUUGAACCUAUUGUUCUAUCAGAUUAUGCCACCGAACUGUCAAACGCUCUUCAACAAUGUCCCCUAUCGCUAUCAGUUUUACGUGAUACACUAUAUACAAAUGGCUUCAAGAGAGGAUUCGAUUCAGUCGUUCAUUCAGACGCAGCCUUUAUGGAGGUCGCCACCCGUCAUUUCCUGGAUCUAAUGUGCUCUCCAAGAAACCCAUUGAACCAACGAGUUCUUGAAAGAACAGCAGCUACAUUCUUUAUCAUUUUCAUAGUAAACCAGCUGUUUAUUUCUAAUAACGAUAUAAUUGAAUUGGAUUGGCUUGAACGCGAGUUUUUUGCAACAGAUAGAGCAAAGUGGGACGGCGUGUUAAUCAAGGUCGAAAAUAGGUCCUGUUCAGCGGGUUUGAUAGAAUUCUCUGGGGGAUGCAACGACCAAACUUCAAGUAUAAAAAACCAGCACGAUAUCACCAAGCUUUAUUCAAAACUGAUGAAGGUUCUCGAUGGUCAAUCCUCUUCGGCUGCGCGACAAACUUUUUGCAUGCGCUAUUAUAAUAAACGUAUCCACUUUGAGAAGUUGACCAUUUACAAAAAGGUGUUGUUCCGAACCAUCCAUGCAACUAUUGAAACCCCUACCUCUCCAAGAAAACUUGUCGAAUUUGUAAAAGAAAUUCCAAAUAUGCUUGCUUGGAAAGAAGCAGUCAUAGAGCAUACCGUUGAAUUAUAGUACAUACAUUAUCUUCCUUUUUCAAAAACAAUAGCAAUCCAUAUCCUAAAUCACCAAAUAAUAAAUGCUUAUCAUUUGUCUAUCACUC